AUGACCGCCUUCAUCCCAUGGUUCCAGACCAGAAUCCCCGACUCGCACUCCGCCCUCAGAUCCAUCAUUCCCUCCCUCCUCCACAGCAUCUCUGAAAUAGCCGUCUCCCUUCGCACCGCUCGCCACGUCUCCCUCGUCGGCACAGCCAACGCCUUUGGUGACGACCAGCUCAAUGUCGACGUAACAGCCGAGAACAUCAUUCGCGCAUGCCUCGCCACAUGUCCUUCUGUCGUCGCGGCCAGCAGUGAGGAAGACCCGGUCGAAAGGCCAGUUCAUGCCUCCAGUGCGGACUCCUCGCAACAGUACGCGGUUGCAUUUGAUCCACUAGAUGGAAGUUCCAUCAUCGCCCCCAACUGGAGCGUCGGCACCAUCAUCGGCAUCUGGCAAGGGGCAUCAGCCCUCCUCCAGGUUCCCUCGCGUAAGCAAAUCGCCUCGAUAUUGGGCGUCUACGGACCGCGCACUACAGCCAUUGUGGCGGUCAGAAUCCCGGGCACCGAGACACUCUGUUUCGAAAUCGGCCUCUCCGAUGGCGGCGUCAAAGACUACCACGUUGUUCGUGAGUCGCUGCGGUUAUCCUCUCCACCUUUCAGCAUUCGGUACUUUGCGCCCGCAAACCUGAGAGCAGCGGCAGACGACCAGAGGUAUCUUGAGUUGGUGACGCACUUCAUCCAGGAAAAGUACACUCUCAGGUACAGCGGCGGAUUGGUCCCGGAUGUGGUGCAUACGCUGGUCAAGGGCCAAGGGGUGUACCUGUCUCCCGUGACGCGGCAGAGCAAAGCCAAACUGCGCAAGCUGUUCGAGUUGUUCCCCGUUGCUUUAGUGAUUGAAGCUGCGGGGGGUAAAGCAAUUGAUCCUUUGGAUGGGUCGGAUAUUCUUUCCAGAGGGGCGGGUCAAUGCGAUGAACGAGGGGGGCUGGUUUGCGGCAACGUGGAGGAUGUUGAGCUUGCCGUGGAAAAGCUUUCCGUUCACUGA